CGAAUGUGUCUUUUGGUUUGGAGGCGGAUGGAGCUGAGGAAAGCACUUCCGGUUGGUCGGGGGUGUAAACACAGGCAACAGGAACGUUAGCUGUAGAGUGCUACGGUUUCGGUGCUGUAAAGGAUGGAGCUAAGGCUCUCAAAUAGUUGUCAUAAUUGUGCGCUUUGGCUUUGCAGCUUUGCGUUAUGUGCCAUCAUAGGUUUGUAUCCAGUUGCUUCUAUAGAAGUGUACACUCCUGCUGAGAUGUUUGUAGAAAAUGGAACUACUGGAGUACUUAAAUGUACUUUCAGAUCGACUCAAGUGAUCAGUAGUCUAACAUCAGUGACCUGGUCUUUCAUCCCAGAGGGCUCUUCAGAGUCUACUGGUGAAACUAUCUUCCAUUAUGCCGGUGGUAAAGGGUUCCCAGACAGCAUUCAGUUUAAGAGCAGAGUUGAGUGGGUGGGCAACCUGAACAAAAAGGAUGUCUCCAUUUGCGUCAGUAAGAUGCAGUUCUCCGACAACGGCACUUACUCAUGCGAAGUGAAGAACCCUCCUGAUAUAGCAGGCAACCCUUCACUGACUAAGCUCAAAGUUGUGCAGAAAGAUGGACAGCUGUUCUGCUUGUAGAAGAUACAGCCAGGUUCUCUGGGAGGGGAGAUGUGUCUGGAUGGGUGGCAUGACAUCAACCAACCUUAUAGACAAUGUCUCUUAAAAGUUAAUUAUAGCAAGGCCUAGGGCCUGACCAAAGAGAGGAAGUGCAACACACAGCACACACACCCAAGAGCAUGAACUCACACACACAGACCCAGAGUAAUCAGAAUAACAAAGUAAUGGCUAAUGAUUAUUUUACCAAAUCAUACUGUACAUAUGCUAAUGACAAUGCAGAAAAAUCAUGCACUUAACCAUGAUAAAGCAGAAAAAGCAUACCGGUGAUAAAUGUCCUCACUCAAAGUCAGAUCAGAAAUGCCAUAAAAAGCAGAAGUUGGUUUUAAAAAACAAAAGGAGAAUGGAUCGAGUAAAUGCAAACUCAACAGGUCUCAAGAAGUCUGAGGCAAAACUAGUCGGAUUGGAAAGAAUCUAAAAAAACCCAGACAGGACAUCACGCAGACAUCAGAUAUAAUGGUAUUUUGGGCAAACCAGGGGUGUUUCAACUGUAUAAAAAGGGAGCCCUGUUUCAGGGGAAUUUCAGAUCACUCUGGGACGUCCCUCUGUGUGGAUCUUGUGUGGUGAGCAGCAAUAAACCCUUGCUUUUCCUA